UGUCUCCGGAGACAGAUCACAACUGUGCAGCUCCAGACUGAGGCUCAGGGUGCCUCCAGCGCUCCACACGAGUCUAACACCCAGACGCACAGUUCUCCAGCCAGGACACCUGUUCAGCUGUUCGGCUCAGACAAGACUCCGACACAGGAGACACACUUGAGAUCAUCCUUGUUUAUUUUAUUUUUUUUUAAUAUUUGGGGGCAAAAAUGAAACUUGAAGUUUUCUCCGCGCACCACUUCGUGCAGAAGCCGUUGGAGUUGUGCAUGGACGCAGAAGGGGGAGUCCCGUCUCCUCUGUCCGGAGAUGAGCUGGGGUCAGACGGGGACUGCGUGGCCAACAGCCCGGCACCUGUCAUCCAGGGCGGCGACGGCAGCAAGGGCAAGCCCUACACCCGCAGACCCAAGCCUCCGUACUCUUACAUCGCCCUCAUCGCCAUGGCCAUCAGGGAGUCCAGCAGCGGCCGCCUCACACUGGCCGAGAUCAACGACUACCUGAUGAAGAAGUUCCCGUUUUUCCGCGGCAGCUACACCGGAUGGAGGAACUCCGUGCGCCACAACCUGUCACUCAACGACUGCUUCCUCAAAGUGCUGCGGGACCCGUCCAGACCGUGGGGGAAAGACAACUACUGGAUGCUGAACCCCCACAGUGAGUACACCUUUGCUGACGGGGUGUUCCGGCGCAGGAGGAAGCGCAUCGCCAAGAGGGCGCACAAGGAGCAGGAGAGCGCGGACAUCCUGAGCGAGGACACGCGCCUCUCCGCACCGGAGGAGAGAGUCGGGGCCAAGUUCUCCAGCUCCUUCGCCAUCGACAGCAUCCUGAGCAAACCCUUCACACGGAGGGAGGAGGCGGAUGCUGACACCUCUGGAGCCCGGCUCUACUGGCCCCCGGGGGCCCACAUACUGCCUUACACUCUGAACUACCCGGCACAGCACACAUACCUGUCCGAGGCUGCGUACACAGAGCCCGGCAGGGAUGCGUUAACGUACCUGCAUCAGACAGCACCGGGCAUGGUCGGACCCGAGCCCGCCCUGCACGUGCUCAAGAUGCCCAACAAGGCUCGGGCUUUCCAUAUAGACUCUUUGCUGUCAUAAAGGACCCGAACUGUUCACUGUCUUGUAUUUUUUGUUUGUUUUGUUUUUGGAUCCAUGAUGUGCACUUUUGUGGGCGCUCUUAUCUUUCAGUGCUUUAGCUGUUAAACUGUCUGGGACUGUGUUUGUCUCAUCAUAACUACUGUAAGACAUUCUGCAGAGAAAAAAACAAACAAACAUGGCGUGUUGUCUGUGUAGAUAGAACUGUGUGGUGACUAAGCAAAAAGUUGCUAUUAUGCAGGACAUUCCAGUGUGUGUGUGUGUGUGUGUGUGUGUGUGUGUGUGUGUGUGUGUGUGUGUGUGUGUGUUAGAGAUGAGUGUUUGUAUUCAUGUAUCCAUGGUUCAUUGUUCAUUUCUACUGUUUAACGGCAACCAAAUGCCAAUAUGAUGAAAUAUAUUCUAUUAAUCUAUUUAUAUUUUCAUGUUUUGUAUGACCUGCUGUAUAAAAUAUUGCUGUAUAUAAAUAUUGACUGAGCUGCGUUGAGAGUCACGUGGCUGCACUAAACGCAUGGACAAACCCUGUGUCCCCAAGAUUGAUUCAUGCAUGCCUGGUAUUUUUAUGAAUAAAAACGUGAAACAAUGGGA